AUGGCGCUGUUGUCCUGCAGUCGUUCCCACAAGGCCGUUGCGGCAGUCUUCAUUCUGUCCAUUGGUUUUUCGACCUUCGCCAUGUGGCGGACUUCUAGGGCUUUGGACCGGGACACUGGAGUGAGCACGAACAAGCCAAAGCACAGACCUGGGUGCAAAAGGGACCCUGAGGAAUUUUACUUGCCAGAAGACUUGAAAUACUGCCAUCAGCCUCGAAAAGUAGACUGGUUCAACGACUUCUUGGCGAAGAACUUGGCAAGCAACCCUCUUGAGCCUGGAUGCUGGGAGAAAAACAAUUCCUGCGCGCCCUUUCCGUGCUUCAAGCUGUGCGAGACGGGCAGGUAUGCAGAGCUGCGCAAGAUCUGGAGCGCAGAGAAGCCGGGAAAGCGGAAGGUCAUGGCGUUCCAGUACGGCAAGGUUGCCAGCUCCGCCAUCGUCGAAGGGAUGAAGACUCAACUUGGGAUAUCAGUGGCCCACGCCCACUUGCCCUUGCACGCCAAGCAAUGGCUCGAUGGCGAGCGUCCACAGAUCCCCCCGCAAGUGCAAGGCUUUGCUUUUUCACAGGAGUGGUCGUUAAAGCCAGGGGAUGAGUGCUUCAUCAUCACGGCAACGCGAAGCCACUUCAGCAGAGAUCCUUCGGAGUACUUCGAGAAUGUCCUACUUCCGGAGCAUCCCUACGGCUUUCAUCCCCGAGGUAUUCGCAGGUACAAUGACACACCUCCUGUCGGAGGUGACAAGAGGUGGACAGAGGCAACUGUGACCCAACUUGGCAGGACCAACGUGGAAGCUUUGCAAGAGGACUUCCAAGCCCAGCAUGAGAUUGUCAUCCAGGCAUACUCAAAGUGGUACUCUGACACCUUCUUCCACGCAACGGGCGUUGACGUGCUGCAAAGCCAGUUCGACCGAAAGGCCAAACACAUGUUAGUUCGUGGGGAGACGUGCCAGGUGCUAGUCCUGCGAUUUGAGGACAUUGGCGAGUGGGGCGGCAUUAUUGCACAGCAUUUCCCUGGCUUUAAGAUGCCGAAAGGUGCCAACAGGGCUGAACUUAAAUGGUACGCAGAGGCCUACAAAAACUUCCUUUCGAGCCUGACGUACAGGCCUGAGGAGCUAAAAGCCAUGUGCGAGACGGAAACGGAAAUGCAUUUCUACUCGCAAGACCCCGAGAACGAAUGCGCUGAUGCUGACUACUAG